AAAAAGAAGAAGAGGCGAAGGUGUAUUGGUGUCAAUCUCAUCAAUUGCAAGUAUGAAAGUGUCCGCCGUGCAACUCGUCGAUGUGGACUGAAGGAGGUUGGAGAGGAUGAGGAAUGGACAUUGUACUGGACUGACACGUCUGUCUCUCAUGAAAGAGUCAUGGAACUGAAGCGUUUUCAGAAAAUUAAUCACUUUCCAGGAAUGAGUGAGAUUUGUAGGAAGGACCUACUGGCCAGGAAUUUGAACAGGAUGCUGAAACUCUUCCCAAAGGAAUAUAACUUCUUCCCCCGUACAUGGUGUUUACCUGCUGAUUUUGGCGAUUUUCAGGCCUAUUGCAGAAUGAAGAAGCCAAAGACGUAUAUCUGUAAACCAGAUUGUGGAUGUCAGGGCCGGGGGAUUUUCAUUACCAGGAAUCUAAAGGAGAUUAAACAAGGGGAUCGACUGAUCUGCCAACAAUACAUUUCCAAGCCUUUCCUCAUAGAUGGUUUCAAAUUUGACCUCCGUGUUUACGUCUUGGUCACAUCCUGUGACCCCUUUCGGAUUUACAUUUAUAACGAAGGUCUGGCAAGGUUUGCAACCAGCAAAUACCAUGAGCCCUCCAGCAGCAACUUGGAUGACAUCUGUAUGCACUUGACAAACUAUGCCAUCAACAAGCAUAGCAAGAACUUCAUCAGAGAUGGGGACAGUAGCAGCAAAAGAAAAUUGUCUUCACUUAACAAAUGGUUGGCGGAACAUGGACACAACGUGACAAAGGUCUGGGCAGACAUUGAGGACGUCAUUGUUAAAACUCUAAUUUCUGCCUAUCCGAUCUUGAAGCACAAUUACAGGACUUGUUUCUCCAGUCAUUUCUGUGGCAGUGCCUGCUUUGAGAUACUGGGAUUCGAUAUUCUGAUGGAUCGUAAUUUGAAGCCAUGGCUCUUGGAGGUGAACCAUUCCCCCAGUUUUACCACUGAUUCCAGGCUAGACAGAGAGGUGAAGGACAAUCUUCUGUAUGAUACAAUUUGUCUGAUAAACCUUGGAGCAAGUGACAAGCAGAAAGUGACUGAGGAGGAGAGGCGCAGGGUGCAGGAACGCCUGUGGCAGCGUCAUUCAACCCGCGAAUUAAGACGGGAGCAGUAUGAAAACUAUCAGUCAGCCUGGCUCCAGCAGGUGGAAAAGUAUGAGAAGGAACACCUGGGAGGUUUCCAUUUGAUUUACCCACUGUCUGACUCCAAGAAAUAUGAUAAUUUUUUUAAACAAAGUGGAUCACUUUUUCAAGAAACAAUCGCUUCUCGAGCUCGGGAAGAAUGUGCCAGACAGCAACUGGAAGAGAUUCGGCAGAAGAACGAACUAAAGGAGUUGGCAAAGGGAAAAAAAGUGAAGGAACCAAAGGAUACCCACCUGCACGGCGAGUCAGGGGGUGAGGCUCCUGCGCUGGACCGAGGCUUCAGGAAAUACAAUCAUUGCUUAUCCCUAAAGAAAGAGGAGGCCAUAGACAUCAUGAAACCACUGGACAUUAUUGACGAGGAGGAGUUGCAGCGACUCAGUGGGCUGCUGCAGCGGGAGAACCUUCUCCGAGCUCUGGGUGUUAUCGAGCAGGUUUAUCGUGUGUUGCAAAACACUCCGGGUGUUAGCGGCAGUGUUCAAACUGCUCCUCCGCAUGGUACUAACCAGAAUAAAUCCUUAAUUAAUCCGAGUACACACCGAUCCAACCAGAUGAUGGAAGAGUUGGCGUACAUUGGCUCUUGCCCCUUGAUGGGAAGGAAUAGCACAACAGAGCAGGGAGUUCUCAACCCCACCACAGUUAACUGGUCGACACUGCUAUCUCCCCAAGGCCAGGCUCCUCUGAACAAUAAUCAGAAGGGGAACCUGAGUCUCGGAAACGGACUCCCCGUCCACCGCUUUCACAAUCGCUUCCCCAUUCGCAGGGGCCUGUCGUGGACGGGUGGAAGUCAAUUACCAGCAUCACUUGAAGCCAUCACAAUAAGGACCGCCGGGUCCUCGGAGUUACAGCUCAAUGCAGUUUCAGCCUAUCCUCGUUCAGUGAGUGCCAAGCUAAUUCCUGAAAACUCUCUUCUGCAAUCAAAAGACCCCCGAGGGAGCUCCAGGACCAGCCACAGCAGUGUGGUGAAUGCAGUGCGAAUGAAUGGCACGGGCAGCAGCACCAACAUGUGGAACAUGAAGAUCGAUGCAAUCAACCCUUCCAGCCAGGGGCUGACGGUGGUCUCGGCCCGAGCCCCCAUGAACCAGCGAGCUCACUUAACAAGACGAGCAAACCUCCUGAGCUUAAUCCAGUCCGAUAUCGGCAGGCGGCUGAAUUGAUCUCAAGUAGCAGAUCACUGCUGGAUCCCCUUUCCACUUUCUUCAAGUCUGAGAACUUUUUCACUACCUGAUGAAGUUUUUGCCAUUGAAAGUUCCUUCUCCGCAGGGUAGGAUGAGGAAAGGUCUCAUGGGAUCUGAGCAUGG